AUUUUAUGAGAUUUGGAGAAUUUUUUCUAAUUUUGUAAACAAAUUAUUUAAGAGGUACGAAGCUAAUAAUAGCAGAGAUAGAUAGACAGGGGUAGUAAAGAUCAAACCGAUAUGAACAAGUCUUGGAUCUUGUAAACAAAAAUAUAAGAAACGUUUACGAACGGAAACAUUCUAAAAAUAAAAGAAAAUGCUUCCUUUAUCGUUAUUAAAAACAGCACAAUCGCAUCCUAUGCUUGUAGAAUUGAAAAACGGCGAAACAUACAAUGGUCAUUUGGUUAGUUGUGAUACCUGGAUGAAUAUUAAUCUUCGUGAAGUUAUUUGCACUUCGAAAGAUGGAGAUAAAUUCUGGAAAAUGAAUGAGUGCUACAUACGGGGAAGUACUAUAAAAUAUCUUCGCAUUCCAGAUGAAGUUAUUGACUUGGUCAAAGAAGAUGUGCAAGCAAAAACACGUCGUGCAGAAAUGAACAAAGGAAACCGCAAUCAGCAAGGAGGAAAUCGUCAAGGUGGGCAACAGAACAACCGCAACUUUGGUGGUCUUCGAGUAAUUGAAAUGGUUGGUCUUGCACCUUCACCUUUAUGUGGAAUGCUACUUGCUGACUUUGGAGCUAAAGUCACUCGAAUUGAUAAAGUCAUAAAUUCGAUGGAUGUUUUAUAUAGUGGUAAACAAAGCAUUUGUCUUAAUCUUAAGAAACCGAAAGGAAUCGAAAUAGUUAAAAAACUUUGCAGAAAUUCAGACGUUUUAAUUGAACCGUAUCGACCGGGUGUGAUGGAAAAGCUUGGUCUGGGACCAGAUGUUCUUUUAAAGGAAAAUCCUCGUUUAAUUUAUGCCAGAUUAACAGGUUUUGGAGGUGAUGGCCGAGGGGUUUAUGCCGAUCGUGCAGGUCAUGAUAUAAAUUACAUUGCAGUUUCUGGUCUUCUUAGUAUGUUUGGAAGAAAAGAAGAAAAACCAACACCACCAGUUAAUCUUGCAGCAGAUUUUGCAGGUGGUGGUUUAUUAUGUGCUUUUGGUAUUUGUGUUGCAAUUCUUGAACGCUAUAAAUCGGGAAAAGGACAAGUCGUUGAUUGUGCAAUGGUUGAAGGUGCUGCUUAUGUUGCUAGUUGGCUUUAUCGUUCACGAAAGCUUCCAGUAUGGUAUGGAGGGCGGGGAGAGAAUUUUCUUGACACUGGCAACCAUUCAUACGACACAUAUGAAACUAAAGAUGGAAAGUAUAUGUCGGUUGCUGCUGUUGAGCCACAAUUUUAUGAAAUACUUUUACAAGGACUGCAACUUGAUCCAGAAACCAUUUCACAGUAUGUCGAUGUAGAAGCAAACCGAAAAACCUUUGCUGAAACAUUCAAGCGGAAAACUCAAAAGGAAUGGUGUGCGAUUUUUGAUAAGCUCGAUGCUUGCGUUUUUCCGGUGCUUGAGUGGGACGAAGCAUACAAACAUGAACACAAUAAAGCAAGGGAUGUUUUUCUCAAUCCGAAAAUGACUGGAGGUGUCAUCGUCCCUAAUCCCGCUCCUAAACUUAGUAGAACACCAGCUCACUCGUGUGCAGAAUCACUGGAGCAAAAUUCCGUUGAUAUGGCUUUUAAUGUGCUUUCUGAAAUUGACAUCGAAAAGAAUGAAAUGAAAAAGCUUUAUGAGGAUGGUGUUUUAAUUUUGGGUGAUAAAGAUCUUCGAGUAAUUGAAAUGGUCGGUAUUGCACCUGCACCUUUAUGUGGAAUGUUACUUGCUGACUUUGGAGCUAAAGUCACUCGAAUUGAUAAAGUCAUAAAUUCGAUGGAUGUUUUAUAUAGUGGUAAACAAAGCAUUUGUCUUAAUCUUAAGAAACCGAAAGGAAUCGAAAUAGUUAAAAAACUUUGCAGAAAUUCAGACGUUUUAAUUGAACCGUAUCGACCGGGUGUGAUGGAAAAGCUUGGUCUGGGACCAGAUGUUCUUUUAAAGGAAAAUCCUCGUUUAAUUUAUGCCAGAUUAACAGGUUUUGGAGGUGAUGGCCGAGGGGUUUAUGCCGAUCGUGCAGGUCAUGAUAUAAAUUACAUUGCAGUUUCUGGUCUUCUUAGUAUGUUUGGAAGAAAAGAAGAAAAACCAACACCACCAGUUAAUCUUGCAGCAGGUUUUGCAGGCGGUGGUUUAUUAUGUGCUUUUGGUAUUUGUGUUGCAAUUCUUGAACGCUAUAAAUCGGGAAAAGGACAAGUCGUUGAUUGUGCAAUGGUUGAAGGUGCUGCUUAUGUUGCUAGUUGGCUUUAUCGUUCACGAAAGCUUCCAGUAUGGUAUGGAGGGCGGGGAGAGAAUUUUCUUGACACUGGCAACCAUUCAUACGACACAUAUGAAACUAAAGAUGGAAAGUAUAUGUCGGUUGCUGCUGUUGAGCCACAAUUUUAUGAAAUACUUUUACAAGGACUGCAACUUGAUCCAGAAACCAUUUCACAGUAUGUCGAUGUAGAAGCAAACCGAAAAACCUUUGCUGAAACAUUCAAGCGGAAAACUCAAAAGGAAUGGUGUGCGAUUUUUGAUAAGCUCGAUGCUUGCGUUUUUCCGGUGCUUGAGUGGGACGAAGCAUACAAACAUGAACACAAUAAAGCAAGGGAUGUUUUUCUCAAUCCGAAAAUGACUGGAGGUGUCAUCGUCCCUAAUCCCGCUCCUAAACUUAGUAGAACACCAGCUCACUCGUGUGCAGAAUCACUGGAGCAAAAUUCCGUUGAUAUGGCUUUUAAUGUGCUUUCUGAAAUUGACAUCGAAAAGAAUGAAAUGAAAAAGCUUUAUGAGGAUGGUGUUUUAAUUUUGGGUGAUAAGUCAAAGCUCUAAAUUACUUUUAAGAGUGAAAUAAAGUUUAUGUUUGUCAUUCAUUAAAUUGUUUGUCUAUUGGGAGAAGAGCUUUUAG